CACACAGACAGUGUGCGAGACGUUGAGGCAAAGUAUAAGUGAAGUGAAUGUGAAGACUCGAGACUUCAAUGCAAUUAAUAGUGAUUUCUGUUGCAAAACAAGUGCACAGAAAUGCGCGAAAACUAUUCGUUGAAACAAUACUGCGUUCCUAUGGUUGUAGACAAUGUGUAUUGCAUUCAUAGCAUUCAUACGAACACCACUCCAACGGCAACUGUACUCUCCAACUGAGUCAUCGUUCGUCACAAACGUGAACACAAAAGACUCAAACAUUGAAAACAACUUUUCAAUCCAUUUCUCACAUCCACUCAACGAAUUAAGCGCCUAAUCAUUGAAUCACUGCAAAAUUCAAAUCAAGCAAAUGUCGGGCGGAGCGGCACCACCGGGUUGGGGAGGGGGAGCACCGCCACCACCACAUUAUGCCGAGUCGGACGACUCGCACGACGACGACUCCAGCAAAGAUGGCUCUCUCAAAGGGGGAGCACCGCCACCACCACAUUAUGCCGAGUCGGACGACUCGCACGACGACGACUCCAGCAAAGAUGGCUCUCUCAAAGGUGGUUCCGGUGAUCUCAACGGCUCUGGUGGUGGCUCUGACGCCGAGGGCGUCUGGUCUCCAGACAUUGAACAGAGCUUUCAGGAGGCGCUCGCCAUUUACCCGCCCUGUGGUCGACGCAAAAUCAUACUCUCAGAUGAGGGCAAAAUGUAUGGUAAGUGUCCACUCCUUUCACGUAACAGUUUGCCAGUUAUAUGCCAAUUACCGCAGUAUUACAGUAGUAUUUGCUAUUGUGCCAAACAAUGCAUUCGCUCCACAUAUCAUUAG